CAGAUCGAUGUUGCCAUGCUGCUAGCACAAUGAGGAGAGUUCAGCACGGCACUGUAACGUCUGAAAAACCACACGCACGUUUCAGUUUGCUGUCCCGCUUCCUCAGUUACCAUUUGCCAGCUUGGCACAGAUAUGAAAACUAGAAAGCCACCAGUACCUCCUAAAGGUGGGCAACCACAGCUAGGACCAGUUGAGGGUCAGCAAAUUGCGUUCGAGUUGCAUAGUUCAUCGCCUCGGAAGUUAAGCGCGUCUGACCAUGGAGGCAUGCUUGGACCCUUCCGGCCGAGGUCUCCAAGGCCAGCGGAAGUCUACAAUGCAGCUAUGGCCGAGCUUACCGAAGGCGAUGGGCGUGGACUUACGAAGAUCAAGACCACCACCGGAAUCAGCCCGGUUUCCUCCCCCAGCCGCCGUCGUACCUUCUCCAGCGUCACGCCGCUCUCCCCCGCCGGCACCUCCAUCCUAGACCACAACAGCCUCAGCCUGCGUGCCACCAUGGCAAUGACUGCGGGCGGUGCCGCCUGCUCCCCCUCCGCCAUGCUAGCCACCAACAGCGCCCGCCACCUGUUCUCAGUUCACGAGGAGCAGCGGCUGGUGAGCCCAACGGAGGGCUACCCUGCAGGCGGCUCCCUGCCCAACACCCCCCCGCGCAAGGCCACCUCCGCUCCCGACUCACAGCUCGCCGCCGUACAGCUUCGCAGCUCCCUCAACCCCUGGCGCACGGGGAAUGCAGCCCUGGACUCGCUGUCGCCCCUCUCCAUCCUGCACCAACACCACCAGCAGCAUUACCAGCAAGCCCUGCAACAGCACCAACAACAGCAGCAGGGACCGCAUGGUGGGAUCUCGCCUCGUGAUUAUAGCUCGGAGGGCUUGGGAGCAGCGGCAGCAGCAGGAGCCGGGGGGCUGGGAUCGGCUGCAGGGGCGACCCCAGCAGGUGCUGCUGCGCACAGCACGCAGACCAUCACGCCCAUUGUCCAGCCGUCGGUGACGACCGCGGCUUUGAUGACUGGGGGCCCUUUCGGGUCGUCACAGCAGCAGCAGCAGCAGGGCGGGAGUCCCGGUGGGGGGCCCUGGGGAGGAGCUGCUAGUGUUGGGGUGGGGCCGGGGGCGGGCAUGGGGAUGGGAGUGGGGGCAGGCGGCGGGCGGCAGCGGCGAGACAGUGCGUCUUCAACGGACAGCCAUAGUCCCGGGGUGUACGACUCCCCCCUGGGUGUCGCCAGCCCCGCCUCGCUGCGCAUCACCGCUCUAGCCAGCCGCAUCGGCUCCCCCAGCAACUCCCCCUCCACACCCUCCGCCUCGUCGCAGCCGCACACCCCCACCGGGCUGCGACCACGGCCUCCGGGUGAGGCCCCCACCUCGGCCCGGAGCCGCAAGUUCUCCCACCUCGCUAGCCCCGAGGCACGUCAGCAGUACCCCUUGGCCGCUACGGGUACGGCAGCUGGUUCGACAGGUGGUACGAGCAAUGGCGGCGGCGGUACGAGUGCUGUACGGCAACUCAGUCUGGUGGACGAUCCGCCUCCUCCCCCUCCAAUUCGCACGCUCCUGCGUUCCGCUAGCGUCGGCGGCGGUGGUGGUGCCACGGCUGGCGGCAUGAACAGCAGCGUGGUCCCGCCCUCCUCUUCCUCCUCCAUCUUGAACUCCACCAUGCCCUCCUCCUUCUCCACCACCGCAACAAGAGCAAACACAGCAGCAACGAGCGCUGGCGGCAGCGCUUCGGGGGCUGCCGGCGGCGCUGGAGGUUACAGCCACCCAGGCACCCCCUCCUCUCCGUCCACCUCUGCAGCCUCAGCUUUUGCCGCAGCCGCAGCGGUUGGUGGUUCCGGAGGAGGAGCCGCAGCAGGGGGCGGCAGCCUGCCGGGCUCGCGUCCCUCCAGCAGUCGUGCGGGUAGCGCCCGGCUGACAUGCAGGCCGGUGGCGGCGCUGGUGGACGCGGUUCGCUCCAGGGAUGAUGCCAAGCUGGCGGAAGUGCUGGAGGCGUUGAAGGGACCGCAGGGGGUGGUGCUAGGCCUGAACGACCUGCACCACGUGACGGGCCGCACUCCGCUGCACGAGGCCGUCAUGAGCAACAACAUCUCCAUGGUCGCUCUGCUGCUGGCGGCGGGGGCGGAGGCAAACAAGGGACACCAAACACAGGGUCCUCCUCUGCUCCACUGCGCGGCCUUUGGUGAGGUUGAGACCAUGCAGCUGCUGCUGACGGAAGGCGCCGACGUCAACGCCGCGGACAUUGAAAACUCCACCGCACUGCAUUUCGCAUGCAAGGGCGGUCACGUUGACGCCGCGCGGCUCCUCAUCAAGUUUGGCGCCGACCUCCGGGCGCGCGACAGCGACGGCAUGGCGCCAUUCGACCUGGCGGCGCCGGAGAUGUCGCGACUGGUGAUGGCGGCGGCGCCGCCGCCGUCGCCGCCGCCGCCGCGACCGCCGUUGUCGAGCGGCGGCGGCGGCGGCGCUGGCCCGAGGCGGCUCAGCGCCGGCAGCCAUGUAGCUGCAAUGGCAGCGGCUGCUGCUGCUGCGGCGGCGGGUACGGCGACGGCAUGUUCUGAGCAGCAUACGUCCUCGGCGUCCUCACGGCAGUCAUCAGCGUCGACUUCGUCAACGGCACGUGCAUUUUCCGCAGCGGUGACGGCAUUGGAAGCUGAUAGCAGUACGGCAUCCGGCAGUAGCGGCACGGAUUCGCAGAAGCGACUUGGCAGCGCCGGCAGCGGCAGCGGGAGCGGUGCUAACAGCACCCUUAGCGGCAGGCCGCCUAGCGGCAGCAGUCCUACCGCUCUUGUAGCAUCCCUGUGUAGCCCCACUGGGGUGCAACUUGAGCUGGCGAGCAGUACGGCAUCUUUCGCAGCUACCACAGCAGCAGCCCCUAGCGGCGGCAGCGGAGGCGGCGGCGCUAGCAGCAGCAUGCGGCCCGCCCCACCCCCGGAGCCCCAACUCGGCGGCGCCGGCUCCUCUGGCGGCGCUGGCGGUGGCGGUGGGCUGCGAUCGCGCCGGAACAGCGGCACCUUCACUGCCGCCGCCGUUGCGGCGGCGCAAGCGGCAGCAGCGGCGCCGCAGCCUCCGCCGCCUCCGUCACUUCCGCCGCCACCUCCACCGCCGCCGCCGUCGGCAGCGCCGAGCGGCCUAGCCAUCGGAUCCUCUCCGUUGCACCGCCCGGGAACAACGGAAGGCUCCGCCGUUGGCGUCGGCGCAGCCGGCACUCCGGGCAACCGCAACCUAGCCAGCCCGUUGCUAAGCGACAGCGAGGCGGCGCCGCCGCCGUCGCCGCCGACGCUUCAGCUACCCGGCGGUGUACGGCGGCAGCUGUCCCGUGGGGCGGUGCUGGGGGACAUCAUUUCGGCUUUCCAGGCGGAGGAUGCGGAGAUGGUGCGAAGGUCUCAAGUUCUGCCAUCCGCCGCCGGCGUCGAUGGCCCCUUGCGGGCCGCAGCUGCUAACGGGGCAGCAGCAGUCCCUUCCAUCAUAAGCGAUCUGGGCUCCGGAUCCCAACCCUCGUCACAGCAGCAGCAGCAGCAGCAAUCCCAGCAACCGCAACAGGAAUCAUGUCCGCAACCUGACGUUCCCUUUGGAGUAUCAACGACGACGGCUCAGCAAGCCAUAGAUGAAGAACGACAGCAGCAGCAGCAGCAGACAGCGCAGACAGCCGCCCCAGCUGUUGCUGCUGUGGCGGCGGCGGCAGCGGACGUUGGCUGGAAGCCCCCAUGCGGCUUCAUGCCGCCUGCGGGGUGCUUGGGCGGAGCUGGAGCAGGCUUGGGUUUCAAGUUUGGUAUCAGCAGCAGCUCCGAUGCUGAUUGCAGCGGCGAGUCCGUGACACCCCAAAUGGGUCAACAGCCCCAGCAACAGCAGCGACAACAACCUCCACCGCCCCAGCAGCUGCUGCCAUUUUCUAUGCCAGAAACGGCAAUCAUUCGGUUCGGCAUUCGGCUUCAAGUACAUGGGGACGCAGACAAUGACGAGGAGGGUGAAGGCAGCGGCGGAAAGAAACCACCUUCCGCUGACACUGACACCACUGAGGCUGGCGCUUCCGACGUCGCAGCACGACCACCUUCCUUCUCUGCCGCCGCUGGCGUUCCCGCGACGCCAUCGCCUCUGUGGCCUCCGCCAGCGGCGGCAACAGCGGCGGGGGCACGUCUGCCUCCGCCGCCGCCGCCGGCAGCAGCAGCUUCCUCCAACGCUCCUGUUGGCUUCACACCCGUACCGGCUACCGGCUUCAAGCCACCACGAGCAAGCAACACCGGCGGCGGCGGCGGCGGCGCUAGCGGCACUACCAGCGGCGGCGGUCUGCCUCCGCCGUACCGACUGAGUGGCUUUGGUGACGACUCGGGUGUACCGCCGCCGCCGCCGCUUAUGCGCGACAGCUCGCCGGUGAGGGAUCGCGCCUCCUCCUCCGGCGCCGCCGGCGGCGGCGGCGGCAGCAGUACGGCAAAGAAGGCGACAGGACCUGGCGGCGGCUCCGUCGCCGUCAGCAGUCGCCAUGCGCCGACUCGUACAAGUCAGUUGGCGGCGGCGGCACUGAAGCGAAUGAGCGUCAUGAAGGCCAGUGUGGACGAUGCCAUUGAGAUGCGUGCAGCCGCCAUGUUCCGUCAGAGCACCGAGCUCACAACGGGGGAGAUGGCCUGGACGCGAGGGGAGCUGCUGGGAGAGGGGGCGUACGGCAAGGUGUAUGCGGGCCUCAACCAGCAGACGGGUGAGCUGAUGGCAGUCAAGGUACUCACCCUGCUCAGCAAGCAUGGCGACAAGAAAGCCAUCAUGUCUCAGCUGGAGGCGCUGGAGCACGAGAUGUCGCUGUACAAGAAGCUCAAACACAAACACGUGGUGGGCUACAUUGAUGCGAAGUACGACGCCAGCACCUCGGCCUUCUACAUCUUCCUGGAGUAUGUACCGGGCGGCUCCAUUGCCAGCAUGCUGAGUCGCUUCAAGCGCUUCUCGGAGGAGCUGGUGCGGCACUACACGCGGCAGCUGCUGAGCGGGCUGGAGUACCUGCACGGAUGCAAGAUCGUGCAUCGGGACCUCAAGGGUGCCAACGUGCUCGUCACCCGUGACGGGGUGGUGAAGCUUGCGGACUUUGGGGCGUCCAAGGCGUACCGGGACCACACCAUCACCGACUGCAUGAAGUCGGUCCGCGGCUCCGUCUUCUGGAUGGCUCCCGAGGUCAUUCGCGGCACCGGCUACGGCCGCCGCGCGGACAUUUGGUCGCUCGGCUGCACCGUGAUCGAAAUGCUCACCGGCGCGCACCCCUGGCCGCACCUGGACAACCAGUGGACCGCCAUGUUCACCAUUGCGCGCUGCGAGGAGGGGCCGCCCCGGCCCGCCAACAUGAGCCCCGAGGCUGCGAGGUUCCUGGACAGGUGUCUGCAGUUUGAUCCGGCGAAACGGCCCACCGCGGCUGAACUGCUGCAGGACCCCUUUGUUGCGAGGACGGGGGCCGGGGGAGCGGCGGGCGGGGA